UUGAAUUGGUUUCAAGAUUUAUUUUUUUUCACCUCAACUCCAGGUAAAGCUCACGUAGUAUGUAAAGGAAACGGUUUACAAUUCCGCAUUACUACACUGUUCCCAUUCAGCGGGCAGAUUUUCGCUCGCGAUCGAAAAUCCUCUCCUCAGUUUGUGUUACCCCUAACUUUUGUUUCUUUUGUCUCUAUUUUUAGUGAACAACGAGCAGAAACUCAGUAUCAUAUGCAAAUUGUUGUUGUUUUUCAGCAGAAAAAUAAUACUAGCACUGUGCAAUCAUUUAUCGCUCAAUGUUUACAUCAAAAAAUACAUUAUCAAAAACAGCAAAUACCAAAGCGUAUUGAGGAAGCAUUAGAAGAAUUGCAUUUGAUACCAGCAAAAUUACAACAGAAAGCACCAAUUCCGGAAUGCAUGAUGCGAAUCGUCACUGAACAAGAGCAUGGUCAUGGUGAUGAUGGCACCGAAGUGGAUACCGUUAGUCUAGGACAAGCAAUGAGAAUUGAAUGGAGUUUGAUACCUGAAUCGGAUGCUUAUGGAUUUCAUGUACGAAACUGUACGGUUCGAGAUAUGCUAAGUGAUGAGGAAUAUCAAGUAAUUGAUGAACGUGGAUGCUCAACGGAUAUAAACAUCUUCAGCCAUCCACAUUACGAUACCUAUCAUGAUACAGCUCGAGUACAUUGGCAUGCCUUUAAAGUACCGGAUAGCAGUCAGCUUAGUAUCAAGUGCUUCAUGGAAAUAUGUACUGAUAUUCCUGACAUGAAAUCCGGUUUGAGUAACUGCGAUAGCAUACCAUCCCCUCCGUUUUGUCCGGAUUUGGUAACUUCGUCGACAAAUGCUUUAAUUUUUGAUGAAGUUAUUCGUAAACGGCGCGAUCAUGCCUUAUCUCAACAACAUGUUCAUGCUGAUAUCUGCUUUGGUGAUAGUAAAGAUAAAUAUUGUAACUCAACAAUUUAUCAAGCCGAUCGUAAGCAACAUAUCAGUUUGAUUAAUGGUAUGAACUUGUCUCAAUAA